UUUGAAAAGAAGACUCCUUAAUGCCAACAAUUUCUAGAUAUCGUAGAUAUUAAGCCUGCCAACAUGGAAGAGCUGACGGAGGUAAUAACAGCAGCCGAAUUCCACCCAAACAGCUGCAAUACUUUUGUGUACAGCAGUAGCAAGGGAACUAUUCGCCUGUGUGACAUGCGUGCCUCGGCGCUCUGUGACAGGCAUUCGAAAUUAUUUGAGGAGCCAGAAGAUCCAAGCAGCCGAUCCUUUUUUUCAGAAAUCAUCUCCUCCAUCUCUGAUGUCAAAUUUAGCCAUAGUGGUCGAUAUAUGAUGACUAGAGAUUAUCUGUCUGUGAAGAUUUGGGAUUUAAAUAUGGAAAACCGACCUGUGGAAACGUACCAGGUACAUGAAUACCUCAGAAGUAAACUUUGUUCGCUCUAUGAAAAUGACUGCAUUUUUGACAAAUUUGAGUGCUGCUGGAAUGGGUCGGAUAGCGUCGUCAUGACUGGCUCCUACAACAACUUCUUCCGAAUGUUCGAUAGAAACACCAAGCGUGAUGUCACAUUAGAAGCUUCUCGGGAAAACAAUAAGCCUCGUACGGUUUUGAAACCCCGUAAAGUCUGUGCGAGUGGCAAACGGAAGAAGGACGAGAUAAGUGUUGAUAGCUUAGACUUCAACAAGAAGAUCCUCCACACAGCCUGGCAUCCCAAGGAAAACAUAAUUGCUGUAGCCACUACAAACAACUUGUAUAUAUUUCAAGACAAAGGGAUUUAGGGUAGUGGUCCGAUCAGAGGAGUUCACUUCCUGUCUAGUUCAGAUAGGUGAACUUAGCAUUUGUAAACAAUAUAGGGGAAGAAAUGGAGCCAGAGAGAGAGAAGUUCGUUGCGGUGCACCUUCCCCAGUGUUUAAACAAUGUGCCAUAGUGACAACUCAUUUUUUCUAGAUAGCUACAUGGAUGGUCUCUCUCUAUCUAUCUCUCUCCCUCUCUGUCUUUCUGUCUCUCUCUCUCUGUUUCUCUCUUUCUCUCUCCCUCUCUCUUUUUCUGUCUUUGCUGGGCAGUUCUCCACUAGCCAUUUAGGUGGGGGGUAGGGCACUUUUUAACAUAAAAUGACUACUUGCACCAUCUCACCAAAUGGACUAGAGAUUGGAUCAUUGUCAACAUUGGGUUCCUCCAAUUUUUUAUGCCUUCCAUUGUGAUGACGUCGGCCACAGAGCAAAGCCUUCAAGUAAUGCUGUGGGAUUUCAUUGUGUAACCUCAUUACUGUAUUAUUUGUGCCCCCCCUUUUUUUUAAUUAAAUAACAGCUUGUUCUUGCUGUGGCUUGUAGCAUUCCUCUUAUGUCUCCUGGACUCCUUCUCCCUUUUACAAUCCCUUUCUCCAGCCCUGUGGUGGUGGUGGUGGUGGUAUCUAGAGAAGAAGAAGAAGGGAAAAAAAAAUGAAAAGCACAUGAAAUGGAUCGGUGGUCAAGGGGAAGGAAAAAAGGGUCUCUUGCAAAGAGUAAAAUGUUUUAAUGAAAUGUUGACUGCAAUCACUCCUUGACAUGUCUGGCGCUGAAAAUGAAAAAGGAAAAAAAAACGUAAGGGGGAAAAAUAUACUGAAUAAAAAUGUCGAAUAAUG